AUGAGGACCCCAGCCGUGGCUCUGCUGCUGCUUGUGCUCAGGCUAGGGACUCAGGGAACCAAGGCAUCAAGAGCCUGCGGUCGCCCCCGAAUGCUAAACCGGAUGGUGGGCGGGGAGAACGCGCAAGAGCGCGAGUGGCCGUGGCAGGUCAGCAUCCAGCGCAACGGAAGCCACUUCUGCGGGGGCAGCCUCAUCACCGCGCGGUGGGUGCUCACCGCCGCGCACUGCUUCUCCAACACCUCUGAAAUGUCCCUGUACCGGGUCCUGCUGGGGGCACGGCAACUGGUGAAGCCAGGGCCACAUGCUGUGUAUGCCUGGGUAAAGCGGGUGGAGAGCAACCCCCUGUACCAGGGAAUGGCCUCCAGUGCUGACGUGGCCCUGGUGGAGCUGGAGGAUGCAGUAACUUUCACAGACUAUAUCAUCCCUGUGUGCCUGCCUGACCCCUCAGUCGUCUUCAAGGCUGGCAUGAACUGCUCCGUCACCGGUUGGGGCAGCCCCAGUGAGCAAGACCGCCUGCCCAGCCCUCGAGUCCUGCAGAAGCUAGGGGUGCCCAUCAUCGACACACUGAAAUGCAACUGGCUCUACAGCAAGGACACAGACAUGAACUCUGACUUCCAGCCCCAAACCAUCAAGGACGACAUGCUGUGCGCCGGCUUCGCUGAGGGCAAGAAGGAUGCCUGCAAGGGUGACUCGGGGGGCCCCUUGGUGUGCCUCGUGGACCAGUCCUGGCUACAGGCCGGGGUGAUCAGCUGGGGAGAGGGCUGCGCCCGCCGGAACCGCCCAGGCGUCUAUAUCCGGGUCACUGCCCACCACGACUGGAUCCACCGGAUUAUCCCCGACCUGCAGUUCCAGGCUGCGGACGCCAGAGGGGGCCAGAAGCGAGACCCUCCCCACCCCCUGUUUCAGCACCCGCAAGGUCGGAACUUGGCGUCCUGCCUGGGCACCCACGCCGUACUCCUGGUCCUCUCGGCCCUGCUCACGGUGCUCUGAGCCCCGAGCCCGCCGCAGAGUCCGGCCACCGUGUACAUUUGUAAAUAGUUCUCCAAUUCUCUCCACCCUCCAUGCCCAGUAUUUUUAUUUAUGUUCACCCUCCAAUAAACUCCCAACCUCCGGGCCUGCUGCCGUGAGAGUCCUUAGGGGGAAGACAGGAGCUGGGUCCCAGGUCCGAAGGAGCUGUGAGUUGGGGGCCUAUGCCCCAGGUGGGGUAAGA